UAGUUCUUAGCAGUUAACCACCAGUCGUCAGGUUCGGAGUCAGCUGACUCUGAAUCUGGUACUUCCCACUUCUUUUGCGCAUGUGCAGUAACGACAACACUUCCGGUUUCUUGUGCUGCCUUCAUGGUCAAGUGCGAAACGAAGACUUAUUUGAAACCAAUGACUUACAUCAAAUUUACAAUAGGAUUUUUAAUACAAUUUCCCAAAUAAAUUUAUUGUUGUCAGAAAUAAUACUUAUGUAUUAUGUUUACUGUGUUAACUUGUAUAAAAAUCCAUAAAUAGACAAAUUAUGAAUAAUUUAUGGAGAUUCGUAUAAUACUUUGUAAGACACAACGGAUAAUGAUGUCAACCAACUGCCACCCGUCAUUACGGGUCCUAGUUUUUUUACAAAAAUGUUGUUUCUUAAAUAUAAUGUGUAUUAAAACGUUUUACAAAUCGAUUUAACAAACACGCCUGACAGCGUUGCUAAUGCAUUAAGAAAACAGAGCUGCAGAGGAUUGUGGGUAAUGUGGAUCAGCAGGCAAAUUGUUUCUGAAAAUGAAGAAAAAUACAAAGUAUUAUUUUUUUAAAACAGUCUGUCGGUACAUUCUGUGACGCACCAAAUAAAACGGCUUAUUCAUAGUGAUCUGUCGAUGAAAAAAAAAAUAGACAUCCUGGCACCAUGAGUGAAGUAGGCAUUGUGGGAGCAUGAUCCUAGAGCCUGCCCAACUACGGUAACCUUCUUUGUCAUGGGGUGACGUAGGAAGCUCAAUGAGCGUCUAGCGAGAGUUUCCUUGCUAACACCACAAUAUCAACACUUUAGCGUCACCUGGGCUUCGGCCCAGGCCCGGCGCAAUUUUUGGAACCCUUAUAUUUUCAAUAUGUAAGAAAAGCUGCAAUAAUAAAUUGAUCAUUUGUCAAAAUCACUAUCGCCGUCUCAUUAUCUGUGUGCACAAUGCAACUGAGUUUUAAUAUACGAUUUUUCACAAAUUCGUUUCUCUACCCUACCGGCAACGCGUCUAUUAAUUCAUUAUAGGGAAUGAUUACAAUUGCAGUUGUUGAUACAUUACGUUCUCCAUUUACAUUUUGCUCUCUUUAUUAAUUACAUUGUGUUCUGUGUAUGACGUUUGUUUAUACAAAACUAAUGUUUAUCUCUCUACCUAACAAACAUUAUAUAUUAGCUUGUUAGUUACCUGCAUUACUUUCUAUGUAACUAAACCUUAGCUCGUAGCCUAGCUUUUAGCUCUUUAUGACUUUUAAUAUCAUACUCUAACUUUCAGUUACAGCAUAUACUUAAUGACUUAAAUAACUAUGUUUUACUUCUAUGAUUCAAUUUUCAUUUAUUUUAUUUUUCAAGUGAACUCCUUGUCAUUGUGACACAGCUCACCACUGCACACAAACAAAUGUGACCUCUGUCUUUAACCCAUCACCAAAGUGAACAGGGGGCAGCUUUAAGGACCAGGGGAAAUCUGUGUGUGGGGACAGUGCUGUGCUCAGAGCACGUCAGUGGUAAUGUGAAACGUUUUAACCUAAUACAAACUUGUAUUACUCCUUGUGAACUACUCCUAGCUCUCUACAUAAGUAAGUUUAACUCUUUAUAGCUCUUACCUUGAGGUCUUCACUUGACAAGCUUUAGGCUCUCUACGUAACUAACCCGUGGCUCUCCACUUCACUAAGUGUGUGGGUGGAGUCUGUCAGCAGCAGGUUCUCCUCCUCCUCCUCCUCCUCCUCAUCUCUUACUGCUUGUCUUCCUCCUUCUUUGAUCCAUAUCAUUGAAGGUGAAGGUGAACGGAAUUCAGGAGAAGUUCAAAGUCCUGAGCUGCUGAAGCAGGAUGUCAGCGACAAAAACAAUUGUUCACUUCAUGGUGAAUGAGCGUCUGGAGAGGGCAGAGUUCAGCACUGAUUGCUCUGCUGCAGAGGUCAGAGAUUUGUUCCUGGCAGCAGCAGAGGUGGGGCCUCAGCACAUCCUCAAGAUGUACAGUCAGGAUGGCCGACUUCUGAACAUCUGCCCUCAACUUCAGGCCAACACUGAGGAGUCUUUCUACAGACUGGAUGUAGUGGCGUCUGACGUACACAGUUUCACCAUGACACCAGAGCUGGAUGAUGUCGAGGAGAGGCUGCAGCAGCUGGAGAGUAGAGUCAUGGAGGAUGUGGGGAAACCUCCAGACAUCAUUUGUGGACUGCAGAGCCACGUGGAGGUCUUCAGGAAGAAACUAGAGGGUGUGGCUCAUCUGAGCUGGAUGGGUCUGUCCAAAGAGCAAGGACAGCAGAGGACACCAAACAUCUCUCCAAACCUCACGAGUCUUCAGCUGGAUGUUCAGGAGAAACAUCAGCACGUUUUUAGGAAGUUCCUGGACAUGGGCUCCCUGCAGGUGUCAGAGGAAGUGAGAGCACAUCUGAAGACUCCUCUGUUUGACAACUGGCAGUGGGAGGAGUCAGAGAUGUUGCUCCUCCUUCAGGUGAUGUUCACAGACCUGGACAUCCUCACAGCAUUUCACAUCCAACUGCAGGUGCUGCAGAACUUCCUGUUCCAGGUCUACUGUCACUACAACCACAUUCCUUUCCACAACUUCCACCACUGCUUCUGUGUCACACAGAUGAUGUACAGUCUGAUCUGGAUAACAGACCUCAGGAAUAAAUUAAAUAAAAUGGAUCAGUUGAUCAUGUUGACGUCCGCUCUGUGUCACGACCUGGAUCAUCCUGGAUACAACAACGUCUAUCAGAUUAAUGCUCAAACCGAUUUGGCUCGACGCUAUAAUGACAUCUCACCUCUGGAAAACCAUCACUGCGCUGUUGCCUUCAGAAUUCUCUCCAAGCCGGAGUGUAACAUUCUGAAAAAUGUCAGCAGUUACGAGUUCCAACAAAUCCGAGCAGGAAUUAUCAAGUGUAUUCUAGCCACAGACAUGGCCCGACACAACGAGAUCCUGAACAAGUUCCGAGCCAUUCAGGCCACGUUUGACUUUAACGACAAGGACCACAAGGAAGUGCUGAUGAAGAUCAUGGUGAAGGUCAGUGACAUCUCCAACGAGGCCAGGCCCAUCGAGGUGGCUGAGCUGUGGCUUGACUGUCUGCUUGAGGAGUUCUUCAACCAGAGCGACAUGGAGAAAGUCAACGGUCUUCCCGUCACUCCCUUCAUGGAUCGGGACAAAGUGUCCAAACCCUCGUCCCAGACGGGUUUCAUCAGCUUCCUGCUGCUCCCGCUCUUCACCGAACUUACCAAACUUUUCCCCUGUCUGGAGAAACACAUCCUGGAGCCUGUGAGACGAGCACUGCACUUUUACUCUGAACUGGAAAAAAAAAGUAAAGAGACCGAGGGCGUCACUGAGUCGUGAACCCAGCUAUAAUAAAAGAUGACACAGCAGAUUUGACCUAGAAAAGCCAACAGAGAAACGGGCUCGACGCUGAUCUUUGAUUUAACGUAAAAAAAAAAAAAAAAAAAACAUAAAAAAAGAGCCUACCUUUGGUUUUUGACUUUUUUUUUUUAAAUAGACAUUUUGUUGUUGAAUAACUGUUUUUAUUCUUUGCUUGAUUUUCAACUUCUUGUGUGUGGAUGACUUGUUUACUCUGUAUAGGGGACUCAGUCCAUAGUAACUCUGGAGUAGUUAUGUGAUGUAUUUAAAAUAAAAUGCAUAAAUUCAUCAAGGUUCACAGGAUUCAGUUUGUUUUUCACUUGCAAGGUUUUUAUUUCCUUCAAAUAAACCGAGGUGCAAAUGUUGUAUUCCCCAUAAUCACAUUUCAACAGUAAUUAAAAACAAAACAAAAAGAAUUAAUGACCAAAAUAAAUAUUUGACAUGGUUGUCUAUCAGUGAACCAUUAGCCUCAACACAGAA